UACAAAUACUAACUCUCAAUUUAUAGUAAAACACAUUAACUGUGCUAUACUACUGUUGCAAGUUGUAAGAAAGUGUUGCUAGUUAUCGUAUCAUGGCAUGCUGAUACAUAAAAACGAAUAAGUGCCCAAGUAUUUAUAUACAUUUGAAUACAGAUACACAAAACUUGGAUGAGCAACGAAGUAGCAGGAAAACAACAACAGUAGUGGAGCCAUGGCUUCGAAUUACAUCAAAGAUGAGCAGGGAGAUACCUUUAUACCUGCAAGUCAGAGACCAGAUGGAACUUGGAGAAAACCUAGACGAGUGAAAGAUGGCUAUGUACCACAGGAAGAAGUACCGCUGUAUGAAAGCAAGGGAAAGCAGUUUGUAAAAAAUAAACCAACUUAUCCUGUUGGUAUGUCUCCGGAGUAUGCAGCAUCUCUCCAGGCAAAGAGAGAAAAGGAGAUUUCCAAAUCCAACCCUAUUCCAGGUUUGGUGAUACAAACUGAAACGAAGAAGAAAAAAAAGAAAAACAAAAAUAAAGGGGUGACAGCUGUGACGGAAAAUCUUGCCAAAACAAAAAUAUCUGAACAGUCAACAGCUGUGAAAAAUGAGCAGACUGCCAAUGAUAAGCCAACAGUACCCAGUAACAAAUCCAAAACAACUGCUAACAAUAGUAGUACAGUUUCUGGGACGGCAAAUAAACAAUUAUCUUCUGUGGAUCCUUUGAAAAGGUUAAAAAAUUUAAGGAAAAAAAUCAGGGAAAUAGAAUCUCUGGAAACUAAAAUAAAAAAUAAGGAUAUUAAAAAUCCAGAUAAAGAAAUGCUCAUGAAGGUUGCAAGAAAGGCUGAAGUUCAAGAAGAAAUCAAACAACUUGAAGCUAAUCAAUAAUAACAUGCUUCAUAUUGGAGCUUUUAUGAAAAAUAAAAUAGAUUUUAUCAUUUUGUAUUAUAUUAGUUGAUAUCUAAACUGUGACCCCCAAAAAAAAAAUUGGGUUGUGAUAAAAUCUGUUUUCACAAU